GGCUACCCUCAGGAGUGCGGCAUGUUUCCGGCCAGGAAUGGCGUCCAGGAGCUGUCCUUCCAGUACGCGUGCUACCCGUCGCCGCCGGCGUCCUCCAACUGCUCGCCCCCGCACUACGCGGCCGCCACAUUCGCGGGCAUCAACGAGCCCCAGGCGGCGACCGACCCGGGCUGCUGGACGGCCUACCGUUACGAUGACUGGACCGCCGUGCAGCCGGCCGCACAGCCGUUCGCCGGCCCGGUGUACUCGUCGGGAGGCUACGGUGGCGAGCUGGCCACAAGUCCGGACAGUGGCCUGGCGGCAUCCGACCUGAGCGGCACCCCUUCCCCGGGGCUACAGGGGGGCGCUGUGCCUCAGGUGAGGCCCGCCCCGGCCAGGUCUCCUUUCGAGUGGAUGCUCAAGCCCUCGUACCAGCUGCAGCCCAACCCGGGCAAGACCCGGACCAAGGACAAGUACCGCGUGGUGUACAGCGACCACCAGCGGCUGGAGCUGGAGAAGGAGUUCCACUACAGCCGCUACAUCACGAUCCGGCGCAAGGCCGAGCUGGCAGCGCUGCUGGGACUCAGCGAGCGCCAGGUCAAGAUCUGGUUUCAGAACAGGCGCGCCAAGGAGCGCAAGCAGGCCAAGAAGCGGGACGAGCUGCUGCACAGGGAAAUGAAGAGCGAGCCCCAGCUGCAACCGUUCCCGGCGGACGCGUACUCCUAGAGCCGGGAGCUCCGACAGGCCGGACGGAGGACGUGCAAUGGGACCCGAGUGCAGCGGACGGCCCCCCGCGGGGCCCGCGCGGUGAACCUCUCACGCCGGGCACGCGCCGGGCACGCGCCCAACAUCGGCCCGGGAGCUGCGAUGGGGCGCGCAGGGGACGGACACAACUCGCGGUGGUUCGCGCCCCGCCCUUCUCGCGGCCUCUCGCGUAUAGUUUCUUGGGAAGUCGGGCUACGGUGGUGACUGGGGCGCGUCUUCGACUGGUGUGCUUACGUAAUACCCAAUACUACUUAGAAGACGAGGCUCGCGCCUUCCCCCCUCACAUUAAACGUCAUCACUAGUGGAACCACGCAGAGUCGCCCAGCUUGGGUCAGCAUCGCCGCCAUUGCGUCUCGCAGCGGACGCAACGCUACCAGGCGGCAACUUUGGACGAGUCUCAACGUUUUUGCCGCUUGGGGCGGGUCGGGCAUCCACUAACGAUGACGUCACGCGCAGGCCUUGUCUUCUAGGUGGUAAUCGGUUGACCGCGUCCUCACAAUGUGGUCCCUCGGUUCCCGCCCGAUGACGUCGCAGAAGUGUCACGCUGUUGCCCGUCGCGAUCC